CUUGUUUUUUAAUUCUAAUUAUAAUUUAUAUAGUAUGUUUAUUGAAAUGAUCACGCAAAGUGUAUAUUAUGUCGAUUGUUAAACAGAAUAUAUUUUAAAUAUAUGUAUAACAGUAUUGUAAUAGUUUAAAUAUCUUAUGAAAAGCGAAAGCUAUUAAAAUACUAUGAUGUCAACUGAAUCGCAUAUAAUCUAGUGCCAAAUGAUACCGCAAUGUGAACAAAAUAUUUAUUUUUGGCUCUCACGAAUGGCCCGCUCUGUAAAAAGCAGCAAUGAUGUUGAUGCGGUGGAAUAUGCGAUUAGGCCUAGCUGCACUCUGUGGUGGAGCACUACUGGUCAUGCUGUAUUGGAGUCGGUGCACAGAUAUAACACUGAGACCUAGUAAGCCGUCAAUUGGUUCAAUAUUAAACAAGGAUCAGGCCAAGCACAAUAAGGAGAACAUAGAGUGCCUGAUCAAUGGGGAAUACUCGGUGGUGUGUCAUCGUGAUCAUGACGAGGUCUAUCUCCCCUUCUCAUUUAUACACAAGUAUUUUGAGGUAUACGGCAAAAUAACGCCAGCGGACGGCGUCGAAAGAUUUGAAUGGUCGCACAGUUAUAGCAAGGUGUAUCAUCCAAAAAAGAUUUACGAUCCCCGUGGUACGUUUGCCACCUUCGAGAACUAUAACGUAGAAGUAAGGGACCGGGUGAAAUGCAUCAGCGGCAUAGAGGGAGUGCCCGUCUCCACUCAAUGGGAGCCCAAAGGUUUCUUCUACCCGACUCAGAUAGCCCAGUUCGGUCUCGCACAUUAUAGUAAGAAUCUCACAGAGCCCGAGCCGAGAGUCAGGAUAAUCGACGAUGGAGAAAAAAACUUGGGGAACUGGAUCGUCAGCACAGACGCGACUCUAUCCCGCGAAUUCGACACGGAAUUGAAAUCGAAUAUUUUAAGAUUUACGACGUCUGACCAGGCCUCAAGUCAGGUGUGGUGUAAGGUUAACAUCAGCCAGGACUUUGUGCUAAGUCUGGAUUUGCGCUUGAAACCGAACUCCUCCUUGACAGUUGUUUUGCAGAAUAAAGAUAAGAAAGAAACCGUCUACUUGCAUUACGUCACCAGUCUUCAGCUUAUUUAUGCAUUGGAUGACCACAUAUAUUACGGUAUCGGUGUUGAAAACAAGUGGCGGCGACUUACCCGCGAUCUAAUCACGGACAUGCAGAAAGGCUGGGCGCUACUUGAUAAGGCGAAGCGGAAAUCACCUAGAAGUAAAUUUAAGAUAUCCAGUAUAAUUCUGAUGGGUGAGGGCAGCGCGGCCAACAUCCGUGUGUCGACAAGCGAGCACAUGGCGCAUUUCUUUGCGGCCGCCCGUUGGCUCGUGACUACGCAGCGAGCGCGCGGCGGAUGGCCCGUGCGAGCCAGGAGGCGAGUGGCGUCGCGGGUGCCAGAUCUCAGAGCUGGGUGGCACUCGGCAAUGAGCCAAGGACACGGCAUCUCGGUGCUGGCCCGAGCCUUCCACCGCAGCAAAGACGUGACGUAUCUACGAGCCGCCCAACGCGCUCUGCACCUCUUGGACGUCCCCAGCUCGGCUGGAGGAGUCAAAGCCAUGUGGAUGGACAAAUAUGUUUGGUACGAGGAAUACCCGACGAAGCCACCCCUGUUCGUGCUGAACGGCUUCAUCUACACUCUCCUCGGGCUCUAUGACCUUCACGUGAUCGAAGGAGACAACUCCAUCUCACUCGCCAAGAAGAUGUUCGACGACGGUAUGCUUUCCCUCAAAACCCUGCUACCCAUCUUCGACACGGGCAGCGGGAGUUUCUACGAUUUGCGCCAUUUCACUUUAGGCGUCAGUCCCAACAUCGCCAGGUGGGACUAUCACGCGACUCACGUCAACCAGCUGUAUCUUCUGGCAGGUUUGGACCCAGAUCCCAUUUUGAUAAACACGGCGAAACGCUGGGAGGGAUAUAUGCAAGGAAAACGGGCUGCACAUAAUUGAACCAUUUCUAUUUCACCCCGUUGACUAACUUUCUGGAUUGGUCUUAAUGAAACUAAAAUUUAGAAAAAAGCAGAUUUCUUGAAUGUAAAACUGAAUUUAAGAUUGGCUGUGUGUUUGAUAGUUUCGAAACGAAUCUCAAUGUGAACAGAAAACUCAAAUAUUCCAGAUGUGACCAUGAAGCUCUUAUAGGAUACUUUAAUUUUAAUAUAUUAGGAUUAAAUGGGCACCCCUAUUGAUAUUCCAAUUCCUAAUAAAUUCUAUUUUGGUGAUUUAAUUAAAAACCUUAAUUGAAUAAACUACUUUGAUUCUUUAGAGGAACAAUUCGUUUCGUGGACAUUCUUGCCUGUACACAUGUGAUGAGAUACUCUGGUAUCAAAGUGAAAGAGUCGGCUAAUGCUUGUAAAACUAACAAACUUCUGAAAAGACGGAUCACUUGAAUAGAUUUUAAAACUAAGACUGAAUGUUUCUAUUUCGCUGUAAAUAAUUUAGUUAUGUAUAAUUCACAUAUCUGGUUCGAUGCCUGUAUACAUUUGGGGUGAGUUAUAAAAAUUUAAAGAUGAUGAUGAUCUUAGUUCUUUAUCGUGAUGGGCAACAAAUGUCUACUAGUGUCGAAUAUUUUACUUUAAUGUGAUGAAAGAGUACUUAAUGUAAAUACACUGAAACAUAUCGAUUUAAUUGAAAAAUCUUCGUACUUAAAUUGUGCCCCAAAUCCAUUUCUUGAACCAGCCAUAGAACCAAUGUUGAUGAUGCUAAUGUGAUGAUGGACUCACUAAAAUCGGCUUCAAUAUCUUCGGUACAAAUUUAUUACCUCAAUUGGUAAUAAUAAUUGCGAUUUGUAUGAUGAAAUAUAUUUUAUUUUUCAAUCAAAGGGACCAUUUAACAAAAUUCUUGUCGCUAACCAGAACAAGUAUUUGAAUAUUAAAACAACAAACAAACAAUUCUCAAAAUAAUGAAAAUUCUAAAAAUUAGAAGUUUUUAAAAAUAUUUUUGUUAGUUUAUUCUGGCAAUGUUAAUUAUUGGAGAGUUCAACAUAACAUACUUAUAAACUAACAAUUUAAAUAUUGCCUACCCUCUUUUUGAUUAAAAUUGCUGUGAGUACCAAACUAAUCGUAUUAGUUUCUAUUAUUAGUAUUCCAUUACUUUCGGUUGUGACACGAAGCACAAAUUUAUAUUUAUUAAAUAAUGUUAAGUUUACGAAUUGACUUCCAAUCUGAAAAACCAGUUUAAUAUUAACUAGCACCUAACAAUGUUUCUUUCUUGCCUUAACCUGUGGUCUUGCCAUAAAUUAAACAAUCACAUUUCUUGAUAUUACAUUGAUAUCUAUAAAACGGUGUAUUUAAACGUUUAAGCGUCGUCUACCGAACUAUAAUUUAUUAUUUCCUAUUUAUUUAGACGUAUAUUAUUUAUUAUUAACAUAAGAAUUAACCCCUAGCUAAGUAAGACCUCUGUGUAUUGAGAAUUCAAGUAUUAUGUCACGCAAUUUUUGGAUAUUCUUAACACCCCCUCCCCCAUUUACCGCGCCGUAAUCUUUUUCUGUACCAAUAGUAAAACGUUUCGUUACAACCCAUUGACUCAUUAAACCUAAAAUUUGCCAUUUAUGAGGUGUAAAGUAUCGGAAAGUCGAAAAUAAUAUUAAUAAUAACGCAUAAUUCAAUCCCCGAAAACCCGAAAAUUCUUUACAUAAUACUUGAAAGUAAAAAUAACUUGAUCACGGCUACCCCAAUUGCAUUCCAAAUGUAGAUGAGCUUAGAUAUUCCUUAUAAUUAUAUGUUGACUUAAACUUGUUAUUGUAUAGAUAAACUAUAAUACUCUUUAUUUAUUCCUAAAGAACCUGCAAUUUAAUGGUAGGUGCUAAUGGAGGUACGGAGUCGUCCAUUAAGUUAUACAUUAACUUAGUUAAGCAAACUGCAAUUAGCUGAGUUUCCUAACAUAUAAAUCUCUAUUAGUAAAGAGCAGUGAUCUUUGCUUCGUUUUAAUGUUAUUACUUUUUUCUCUUAAUGAACGACUCUGCGUACCGCUUUAAAACGAUCAUACAAUGUUAUUUCCUACUUCUUGGAAUUCUCAGCUAAAUAUCCCCGCAAGAGUUUAUGGAUAAGCGAGCGUUGUCUAAUGUGACGUUUACAUACAAAACGUCACAUUAGAAUAUGAAUAAAUAAGCGAAUGAAUAGAAAUCUUAUCAACGACAAUUAAUGCUGUCUCAGCAUCUUUUAGAAACUUCAAAAUAUAUAUUUAGUAGUGAGAAUUUCCAAGAAUAUCCCUACACCUCCAGUCAAUACAUAUUUUUAAGUCGUAGUUUGUAGCAUGAUAGGGUGGCACCUGUGAAUGACAAUAAAAUAUCGCAAUCA